AAUUAUGCUGAGGUCCAGGGUUCAGAAAGGGCUGCCUCAGAAGGUGCUGUGAUUUGGUCGGGUCACAGUCUCUGACAAGGUCCACCUGUCCAUCUUGGUACCUGGUGCCCACAACAGUCCGACUGGCCUGCAACUGGCUGAAGGAACAAUGUGUUGGCUGCGGGCAUGGAGCCAAAUCCUCUUGCCAAUUUUCCUCUCCCUCUUUCUCAUUCAACUGCUUAUCAACUUCUCAGAGGAUCAAUUUUCCCAAAUCUCCAGACAGAGGGGCAAGCAGAGAUCACAAUCUUUGGAUGAUGCAUGUGCUGCAAAGAAAAAUUGUCAAUUAUGCACAGAAGAUAAUAAAUGUUUUUGGUGCAGUGAAGAAAGGGCUUGCAAAAAAAUGUGUUUUCCAUAUUUCGGGUGUCAGUUCAGUUCUGUAUUUUGGCUAAACUGUAAAGUUGACAUGUUUGGAUUCCUGAUGCUUCUACUCGUCAUAAUAUUAAUUGCUGUACUCAUUUGGUAUUGCUCUCAAGUCUGUAUUGCUGGAAGACCACACUCAAUUUUUGUUCACCGUGGGACUGCUGUUGGAUAUGAUGAAUAGAUAACUGAAAAAGCUCUUCCAGAGAGAAAAAGAGGGCUUCUUCAACGGCUUCCCUCGGGAUUUUAAUCAUCCUUACAGCCUCUUUGAAAAUGAUUGAACUUUCAAAUUCCCUUAAGUUAAAAUUUUAAACCCUAUCGAACAUUUUUGUAGAGUAUUUCAUUACUUUUACAUUAUGACUUGUUCUGUAAUUUGAGAUCAUAAGGGUUGAAACAGCUCUUGAGACAAGAUUUUAUGGUUAAUUUAAAACUUUUUAAAAACUUCUGAAUAAUCUCCUUCCUGGAUAGCUUUACAUUCUUAAUGUUCUUUCCUUGGAACAUAAAGUGGUAUAAAUAUAGAACAUUCAAGCUCCCAACAUGUAAUUUUAAAUAUGGCACAGGGAUUGGAGGCCAAACCCUGUGGUUAUAUAUGACAUUGCUGUUUUCUAAUCAGUGUUACCAGACAAUAAACACUCAAAUUCUAAUUUUGUUUGUAUUUAUUAUUACAUAAAAACCCUGCUCUGCUAUUCAAAAUCUUCCCUAGAAUAGCAAAUCUGAGGUAAUGAUUGAUAUCAUUAAUACUAAUGUGUUGAUGGCAUGUUGGGUGGAUUAAUGACAACAAAUUUUUAAUGCUGUAGGUACUUUAAAAUAAAGGAGGUGAAAACUCUUCACAAUUUAAAGAAAAUACUAGAGUAUCCUUUUUAAUAGAACAAAAUUAGGCUAGGCUUGUUUCAGUACCAGGUAGUUUCUUCAUUAAAAUUCAUUAAUGUUUUGAUAUGUUAAUUAAUAGGU